CCACAGCCACAGAAAUAGAGGAGCUUCAACAAUCUUGAUCAUCUCAACUCUCAACUCUUAUGGCGUCUACUCUGACCUCUCCUCCUCGUAGUCUCCCAACCAAGUCCUCUUAUCUUCGUCCCCUUAGCUCUCUCUCCCUCACCACCACCAUCAUUACCAAACAUCGGUUUCUGAAUCCCCGAAUUAAGCUAUUCUCCUCCAAACAUCGUGUCCUCACAGUGUCUGCUUCAGCUUCCUCAUCUUCUCUUCAAGCUCUCAUUUUCGACUGCGAUGGUGUCAUCCUUGAGUCCGAGCACUUGCAUCGCCAGGCAUACAACGAUGCAUUUACUCACUUCAAUGUUCUCUGUCCCUCUUCUUCUUCUCAACCUCUCAAUUGGGACAUCGAAUUCUACGAUGAGCUCCAGAAUCGCAUUGGCGGAGGCAAACCCAAAAUGCGAUGGUACUUCAAAGAGCAUGGGUGGCCUUCUUCUACGAUAUUUGAGACCCCUCCGAGUAAUGAUGACGAUCGAGCUAAGCUGAUAGACAUUAUUCAGGAUUGGAAAACUGAGAGGUACAAAGAAAUAAUCAAGUCCGGAGCUGUAAAACCCAGACCUGGAGUUCUGAGAUUGAUGGAUGAGGUCAAGGAUGCUGGGAAAAAGCUAGCUGUUUGCUCGGCAGCGACUAAAAGUUCAGUUGUUCUCUGUCUUGAGAAUCUUAUAGGAAUUGAGCGGUUUGAGAGCCUUGAUUGCUUCCUAGCAGGUGAUGAUGUGAAGGCAAAGAAGCCUGAUCCAUCAAUAUAUCUCACAGCUUCCAAGAAGCUGGGUGUGUCAGAAAAGGACUGCUUGGUGAUAGAAGAUAGUGUAAUUGGCUUACAGGCAGCAACUAAAGCUGGGAUGUCAUGCGUGGUUUCCUACACGCCUUCAACAGCUAACCAGGAUUUUAGUGAUGCAAUAGCAGUCUACCCCGACUUGAGUAACAUAAGAUUGACUGAUUUGGAGCUGCUCCUACAAAAUUUAGUUGCUUCCAAAUAAGAGAUUUGCCUUGUGUAUGGUUUAAGCUGCCCCAGAAUCGUCUCCAUCAGAAGGUAGAAUCGAAUAUUGGAUAACCACUAGCUCAAGCUAUUGUCUCUAUACAAUUUGUUUUUCUUUUCUUUUUUUUCCCCCAAUCAUGCGUCUGUUAACAGUAAAUGUAAUCAUUUAACAUAUGAUCUGAGAAAAAUUCAAUUUAAUGUAUCAAAUUCUCAGGAUCUUCUCUUGUCCGUUUCAUUUCAUUAAAUGGAAAGCUAGACAAUGAUUUUUUUCUGCCA